GUGUGAUUUUACUAGUUGAAUGCAGUAUUAAUUUGUACCAGUUUGUGACACAUUUUUUCAUGUUGUCAUGUACAUGUUGGCAGAUAUAUACUAAACAAACCUAAUGUUUAGGAGACUAUAUCACAGAAACGGUUUCUGGUCCCUUGCGAAAUGUACAUUACCGAAAAAUGACUUGCAGUUAAGUGAGGAAGUCAGUAUGAAUUCAGUAAUGUCUCUGAAUGAUUCACUGACUGAGAGUCUGAUUCAAACAAACAUAUGAUGAAGUUUAAAGCUGUAUUGUGAAUUUUUUAAAAAUGACUUUAAUUAAAAACAACAAAUCUUUAGUUUCACCAAUGGCAACUACAUUUAAAAGUAUUUUCUCACAUUUUUUGUUGAAUUUGGGACUCUUUUAGUCAGUCUGGAGCCAUGCUGAAGGCCAUAUUUCAGUCAAAGUCAAUAUAGUCGACUUAGUCAUAAGAAGUGUUGAAAAGUGUUUUUAUCAUCAAAAAAACAAUGGAACAAAAAAAAUGACACACCACUUUUAAGAGGAAUAGAACUGAAUAAAAUUUCUGUACUAAUGUAUCUUUCAGCACAUUGUCUCACGUUUUCACUCUUGUAAACCUCCUCUCUUGGCUAUUUGUUUUAAUGUCACAUUAUCUCUGGCUGUCAGUCUCACUUUCUGUACAUGUGCUGUGUUUUGGGUGUCAUCUGGAGCUGUGGAGAGUGGACUAUGCUUUCUCUGCACGGUCUGUGGCUGGGAGCCAAAUUUAAAGAGACACUGCGGUUCACCCAUCAUGUCACGAGCAGAUUCAGGGAAAUGCUGGAAUCCAGUAAUCUAGUGACUUUCACUGGAUUGGCAAACAGUUCAGGUUACGACACGUUCCUGAUGGAUGAAGAGAGAGGGAGAUUGCUGGUUGGUGCGGAGGAUCACGUCUUCUCUUUUGACCUGGUCAACAUCAACAGAGACGUCAAACAGAUCGCCUGGCCCGCCACACCUUCCAAACGCGAUGAAUGCAAGUGGGCUGGAAAAGACCUUGGGAAAGAUUGCUCAAACUUUGUGCGUGUGCUGCAGCCCUAUAACCAGACGCAUAUUUACAUAUGUGGCACCGGAGCUUUCCAUCCUAUCUGUUCUUACCUGGAGAUAGGCAAGCGAGCAGAGGACAACAUCUUCAGACUGGAUGCCAACUACUUUGAGAAUGGACGUGGGAAAAGUCCCUAUGAUCCAAAGAUGCAGUCCUCAUCCCUCCUGAUUGAUGGAGAACUGUAUUCUGGAACAUCAGCAGACUUCAUGGGACGAGACUUUGCCAUUUUCCGAACACUUGGGUCACAUCAUCCAAUCAGAACUGAGCAGCAUGAUUCUAGAUGGCUGAAUGACCCCAGGUUUCUAGGAAUACACCUGAUCCCGGAGAGCGAUAAUCCUGAAGAUGACAAGAUUUUCCUGUUUUUCAAAGAAAACGCCAUGGAUGGUGAACAUACAGGCAAAGCUACUAUCUCCAGGAUAGGACAACUGUGUAAGAAUGACAUGGGUGGACAUAGGAGUCUCAUAAACAAAUGGACAACUUUCUUGAAAGCCAAGCUGACUUGCUCAGUUCCGGGCCUCAGUGGCAUAGACACACAUUUUGAUGAACUGCAGGAUGUGUUUCUAAUGAGUGCUAAAGACCCAAAGAACCCAGUGAUCUAUGCUGUUUUUACUACAUCCAGUAAUAUCUUCCGUGGAUCAGCUAUAUGCAUGUAUAGUAUGGCAGACAUCCGAAGGGUAUUUCUAGGUCCAUAUGCCCACAGGGACGGGCCAAACUACCAGUGGGUUCCCUUCCAGGGCAGAGUGCCAUACCCCCGUCCUGGCACAUGUCCCAGCAAGACGUUUGGAGGCUUUGAUUCCACCAAAGACCUUCCUGAUGAUGUAAUCACAUUUGCACGCCUGCAUCCAGCCAUGUAUAACCCCGUGCAACCGAUGGGUGGGAAGCCCAUUGUGGUGCGCACGAACGUGGAGUACCAGUUCACUCAGCUGGUGGUGGAUCGUGUGGAAGCUGAGGACGGCCAGUACGAUGUCAUGUUCAUCGGCACAGAUUUAGGAACUGUGCUGAAGGUGGUGACCAUUCCCAGGGAAAGCUGGCAUGAUCUGGAGGAAGUGGUGCUGGAAGAGAUGACGGUGUUCAGGGAGCCAACACCUAUUACUGCCAUGGAGCUCUCCACUAAACAACAACAGCUGUACCUCGGGUCAGAUUUAGGGAUUUCCCAGAUGCCCCUGCACCGCUGUGAGGUCUAUGGGAAGGCCUGUGCCGAGUGCUGCCUGGCAAGAGAUCCAUAUUGUGCCUGGGACGGGACAGAGUGCUCUCGAUAUUUUCCGACUGCUAAGAGGAGAACAAGACGUCAGGACAUCAGAAAUGGUGAUCCUCUUUCUCAGUGCUCUGAUCUGCACCACAAUGAUGAUCUGGAAGGAUACAGCAGUGUGGAGGAAAGAAGUGUGUAUGGUGUAGAGAACAGCAGCAUGUUUCUGGAAUGCAGCCCAAAGUCUCAGAGAGCUCUAAUAUACUGGCAGCUACAGAGACCCAAUGAUGAGCGUAAACAUGAGAUUGUGAUUGAUGAAAGGCUGAGUCUUACGGGCCAGGGUUUGCUGAUCAGAAGUCUAACCCAGGCCGAUUCAGGAGUGUACCACUGUCAUGCCGUCGAGCACGGCUUCAUUCAACCACUGCGGCGUAUUCACCUCCAGGUCAUCCCAGCUCAGCGCGUGGGCGAGCUGCUUCUCCGGGCGAGCGCCAAUGAUAAGGACCCAUCCCCCAAACACAAACUCUGGUAUCGGGAUUUCAUGAGCCUGCUGGAGCACCCAGAUCUCAACAGCGUGGACGAGUUCUGUGAGCGCGUUUGGAAGCGAGAGAAGAAACCGAAGGGAAAGAAAACCCCCAGAGUCAACCCUGCAGCUGGCGUGGGUACAAAAACAGAUAAGACCCCUCAAACGACGGCUCAGACUUUGCAAAACCUGACGCAGAGAAUGCAAAACACACCCAAAGUGCCGAUCAACCCAACUGUUCAGAUUCUCCCCAAGUCCACAGGUUUACAAAGAAGUCAAAUCCCGGGAAGUACCGUGAACACAGAGAGCCAAAGCAUCAAACCAGACACUCAGAGCACUCAGAAGGUCCAAAGUCCUCCCGAGAGCCAAAGAGCACAGCCGAACCAGGGAAAAAGAGGCACCCAGACCUCACAAAGAGGACCUCCUAACACAGCCAAGUGGAAACAGCUUCAGGAGAACAAAAGGGGGCGCAACCGCAGGACCCACGAACAGCAGAGACCACCACGCAGCGUGUGAUAUAUACUCACAAACACUCAAUAGACACUUGUAAACAUCUGCAUCAGUCACUCAUACAACAGACAAACGUGCAGUGCGGCCAUAAUCGAUAGCACAAAACUCAAAAACGGUGAACUCAACUAGAAAUCCUGCUCACGUUACUUGUUCACCAGGGAAAGCACACUGAUUUUGUUGUUGUGAUGUGAUAGACCUUUUACACUACUAGUGUUGCAGAUCCGACAUCAUACACGUGAUGUUUUCAUCAAAGGACGCAAAACAGUCGUUUGCCAAAAAACCUUUGCAAUACGAUGGGAUAGUGCCAACGGAAAAGGAAAAUGAUUAUGAAAUAUGAAAAAAGACAUGGUGGAGUGAAGUAGGCACCUGGAAAACUGGAAGCCAGUUGCUUAGAUUUGUAAAGACUGUAAUAUAUGAGCAAGCAUUGUACUGUACAUAGAACAACACUAAGUAAUUAUGGACACAAUUGGUCAAAGGUGAAAAUAAGGCAUGCCUAGGUAACAGCUUGUCUAACCUCUGAUCCUCAGAAGCGUUUUGAUGUUUGUGUUAAAUAUGUUUCCGAUAAUCAAGUGGGCCUGACUGACUAAAAAAAAGUCAGCAGCUGUGGUGACCAUUUCUGCCAAAAUUUAGUUUUCAAAUACAACGUGCAUGAGUUGAAUGAACAAGCUCUUCCAAGCCAGUUGUCGAACUGUCUGCGGAUUACAGCCGUCUAGAUGAUCGUUCUAAAUGUCGGUUGUGUAAAAAUCAAAGAACAUCUUUUGAAAGAUGUUUUUAGAUAUUUCCAUAAUGUCUGUAGUGUAUUUCUAAAUUAUUAUUACUCAUAUUUCAUACAUUUUCGUCAUUAAUUUGCUAAAUCAGUCUAUGUUAGGCUGAAUG